AUAUACGUGUACAAAUUACGUACAAUUUUUGUUAAAUAGUAAAAACCUUUACGUAUUAUCUAUUUUUAAUCGAUAAUAACACGAUGAAUAUUACAGCUACUAAUUUACUCCUAGAAUUUGAAACAGCUUUCUCUCAACAAAAUUGGAAUAAAUUAUUAAGUCUUCUUAACCCUACACUAUUCAGACCUCAUGAAACAAAGGAGUCAAUUACAUUUUCAACCCUAGCAAAAGUAGCACAAAUUCUUACAACAGAGGAUCCUGUUAUUCCAGCAAAUAUAAAAGUUGCAUGCUUAAAAUGUUUAGGGAAUUCUUGCUUUAUUCGUUACAUAGACAAGGAAUAUAUUCCAACAAAUAUUGAACAUGGAAUAUAUUGUCAGAAAUUAUAUUCUACUCUAGCUACAAAUAAUGCAAAUUUAAGGGAGGUUUCUGAUUCAUAUGCACUUGUCUCUCAUUUUCCUUAUGAUGGUGUCAUCGAAUGGACAUUAAAUUAUAUUAUAUUAUGUAAAAAUAACGAAGAUCUAUCAGAUGAGGAGUUAGAAAUACUCAGAUUAAGUGUUCAGUUUUUAUGUAAUUUAUUUUCAUUUGGAUAUGAAGAUAAUAGUUUUUCGGAUCAGCCUAACACACCAAAAUGUUUAUAUGAUGCAAAUUUCAAAACUGCAAUAAUAAAUCUAUUGCAUUCCAAACAUGUUCCACUUGUUAGAGUAUCUUGUGCAUUUAUCCAUAAUAUUUUGAAAAAAUUUGAAGGAAAAAAUUUCACAGAACCAGAGAAGAUACAUCUAUGUUCUAAACUUUUAAAACCAGUUAAGGAAGGUUUUGAAAGUGCAAAGGAAGCUCUGAUGUUUUUAUUAUGCCAAUCAAAUGUAUUAGAAAAUGCAUACAGUGAUAUGGACAUCAAAGACAAAUUAUAUUUAUUGGAGAUGAUUUACACAGAAAUCUCAGAGGCCGUAUACAAAUCUAAAAGUGAAAAUGUAUUUACACAAGACACUAUAGAGUUCCUAUCAAAAAGGUUUUGCAAAAGGAGUGACUUAAUAUUGAAAACAGCAGACACAUAUUUGGAUGAAAUAGAACCAACAGAAAUCAUAAUUCUUCUCGAUAUCCUAGGCACAUUAACUUCUGCUUCAUCCAAAGAAUAUCAUUUUCCAAAGAAUCACAAAAGCUUACUCAUCAAUUGCACUAAUCUUUUGAUAUCUAUACAAAUGAUUGGGAAAGAAUCAAACAAUUACUUUACACCAAUGCAAAAGUUAAGUGACUUAGUACCAGUAUCACAAAGAAUAACUGAAGAGGAUGAAUCAAAAGUGAAUGUUGCUGCAACCAAAGGGAAUGAGAAAGAAGUUAACUCAGAGAGAAAUGACCUUUACAGCCACCCUGCAUUUGGUUUUAAAGCUGGAUUGAUCAGAGUUAUUGGUAAUAUAUCGUACAAAAACGAAGAGUGCCAAGACCUGCUCCGUGAAAUGGACGCCAUACCUCUGCUUCUGGACUGCUGCAAUAUAGACGCGAGGAAUCCGCUUAUAAUGCAAUGGACGAUCCUGGCUCUGCGGAAUUUAUGCGAGAAUAAUACCAGGAAUCAAGAGAUCAUACGGAAUUGCACGAGGACCGGAGUCGUGGAGAGCAGCGUGCUGCGGGAAAUGGGAAUGACGUUGCACGAGGACGAGGAAGGAAAGAAAAUUGGUAUCGUACCCUUGACUCCAAAUAAAAAUUAA